AUGGUGAAACGUAAAGUCGAGAUAGCGAAUUUAAGUUUGAGUCCUAGAGGAACCCCGUCACAAGUCGUCAAGACGGAAAAAGUAGAACAAAAGGAUAUGAAAGAGAAGACUGAAAAGAAAGAGAAAAAAGAGAAGAAGGAGAAGGGAGAAAGUAAAGGAGAAAAAGUCGAACGAAAACUUUCAUUUACUUUUGCUAAAAAAGAGAAGAAGGACAAGACAGAAAGCAGAAAGAGUUUGGGCAACAAGAAAGAGAAACCAGUCGAGAAAUUAGGCCAAAAACCAUUGGAAAAACAAUUGGAGACUAAAACAGAGAAAGACACCGAAAUCGAAGAAUUGAAAAAGAAAUUGAAAAAACAGGAACAUAAAGUAAAAACUCUGAAAGACACAGUGAAGUCUUUAAAUGAAAGACUUGUUGUGCAAGAGACUCUUAUUAAAAAAUUGGUAGACGGAUGUAAAGAAAGUGAUAAGACUGAAAAAGAAAACAUUGUGAGCCAAGACGUCGUUCAUACUGUGAAAGAAGAAAUUCUAGAGGAAGCAAAAGUCGAUCAAAAAGAGGAAGAACACUUCAUCCAAUUUGAUGACGAAGAACAAAAAGAAGUAAAGGAAAAGAGGAACGACACAGCAAAAGAAGAGGAAGCUUAUAUAGAACCAGAUUAA